GGGGUCUGGAGCUGGGGCGCCGAACACAGAGGAGCCCUUGGGCCUUGGCAGAUCGCUGAGCCCCAGCCCAGAAAAGUGGCGAGGGUCCAAGAAAAUGCACCUCAGUGAUUCCAGGCAGGUCCUGAAGGGGGCGCUGCUCUGCUCCCUGCUCACAGCUCUGCUGCUCCAAGUGGCCGUCGGGCUGGAGUGCUACAGCUACAAGGGCGCCUUCACGGGCAGCUUCUCCCUGGACGAGGUGUCCAAGGUUACUUGCGGGCCAGCGCAGAACGUCUGUGCCGAGGGGCUGAUCGCCUUGAGCAUCGGGGGCCCGCGGAUGCUGGUGGUGAUGAAGAAGGGAUGCCACACGGCGCCGUCUUGGGACCUCUCUGGCUUCAGCCAUGGGCCGUAUCUCCCCAACUACUAUCACGUCCGCUCCUGCAACGUCAGCCGCUGUAACAACCGGUACCAGGACACUAGCCGCAUCCCGGCCUUCCCCACAGUGCCCCCAGACAACACCUCCAGCAGCCUCCUGUGCUACACCUGCAUUGGGAUCACCCCGGAGAGCUGCUCCCCACGCCAUGCCCAGCAGAGCCAGUGCCAUGACGACAAUCCGCUGUGCUACGAAGGGACAGGCACGGCCACCAUCGAGGACUUUGUGGUCCCCAUCUAUCUCCGCUCCUGCCAGGCACAGGGCUGCGCAUCGGUCACGCCGGGAGACCCUUGGCUGAAUAUCCAGCUGGAGAAAAGGUCCUGCUGUGCUCAGCCCCUGUGCAACCAUGCGCCGGAGCCAGCACCCACGGCCAGCCCCCGCCCCUCGCGCACAGCCCCUACCCUGGACCACCCCACCAAUGCCAGCCCCCGGCCUGGGCUGUUCCUGCCCACGCUGCUGCUGGGGGGGCUGGGCCUGCUCUGGGAUCAGGGCAGGGGAUGAAGAUGCCCCCUAUAGAGGACCCCUCCCAGUUCUGGGUGCACUAGAAGGUCUGUUGAGGCAGCCACGGCCCCGUAU